GAUAUUUUGUAGAACACUGUGCAGCUAGUUGCUUUGUAGAAGUCACACACCAGCUGUAAGCUUUUAAACAGCUCUGUGGGUUUCCAGUGUUGCCAAGUGUUGCUUAAUCCCACUUUGUGGCCCCCUGUAGUGAAGUGGUGGAGGAAAUGAAGCGGCAUAGGCUUAUAUAAACCUCAGAAAAUAGAAUGCAGCAGGAUUCACAGAGGACAGCAGACGAGAAUAAAUCUGAGAAGUUCCCCGCCUUAUGCACAGGAGAAUGGCUGCAAAAACCCUGGCACUGUGGCUGCUGCUUGUGGGGACAGUUUUGCUGCCGGGCAGCUGUCAGCACUGGUCGUAUGGACUGAGCCCAGGAGGGAAGAGGGAACUGGACAGCUUUUCUGACACACUGUGCAACAUAGCUGAAGGUUUUCCACACAUGGACGCACCCUUCAGUGCUUUUGGUUGUACAGAGGAGUCACCUUUUGCCAAAUUUUUUCGAAUGAAAGGGCUUCUUGGGAGUGUAACCAACAAGGAAAAUGGACACCGAACAUACAAAAAAUGAUGAAUAUUGGAUUCUACAAUAAAUUAUUGUAUUAGCAUGUCA